AUGAUGUUUGAAAUUAAGAAGAUCUGUUGCAUCGGUGCAGGCUAUGUAGGCGGACCCACAUGUAGUGUCAUAGCUCAGAUGUGCCCUGAAAUCAGGGUAACUGUUGUUGAUGUCAAUGAAUCAAGAAUCAGUGCAUGGAACUCUCCUACACUUCCUAUUUAUGAGCCAGGACUAAAAGAAGUGGUAGAAUCCUGCCGAGGAAAAAAUCUAUUUUUUUCUACCAAUAUUGAUGAUGCCAUCAAAGAAGCUGAUCUUGUAUUUAUUUCUGUGAACACUCCAACGAAAACCUAUGGAAUGGGGAAAGGCCGUGCGGCAGAUCUGAAGUAUAUUGAAGCUUGUGCUAGACGCAUUGUGCAAAACUCACAUGGGUACAAAAUUGUGACUGAGAAAAGCACAGUUCCUGUGCGGGCAGCAGAAAGUAUUCGUCAAAUAUUUGAUGCAAACACAAAACCCAACUUGAAUUUACAGGUGCUGUCCAACCCUGAGUUCUUGGCAGAAGGAACGGCCAUUAAGGACCUGAAGAACCCAGACAGGGUACUGAUUGGAGGGGAUGAAACCCCAGAAGGCCAGAGAGCGGUGCAGGCACUCUGUGCUGUGUAUGAGCACUGGGUUCCCAAAGAAAAGAUCCUUACCACCAAUACCUGGUCUUCAGAGCUUUCCAAACUGGUAGCAAAUGCUUUUCUCGCACAGAGAAUCAGCAGCAUUAACUCUAUAAGUGCCCUCUGUGAAGCUACAGGAGCCGAUGUGGAAGAGGUGGCCAGGGCUAUUGGGAUGGACCAGAGAAUCGGAAAUAAGUUUCUGAAAGCCAGUGUUGGUUUUGGUGGGAGCUGCUUUCAAAAAGAUGUUCUGAAUUUGGUUUAUCUCUGUGAGGCCUUGAAUCUGCCUGAAGUAGCUCACUAUUGGCAGCAGGUAAUAGAUAUAAAUGACUACCAGAGAAGAAGGUUUGCUUCCCGGAUUAUAGACAGUCUGUUUAAUACAGUGACUGAUAAGAAGAUAGCUAUUUUGGGGUUUGCAUUCAAAAAGGACACUGGUGAUACGAGAGAAUCUUCUAGUAUAUAUAUUAGCAAAUAUUUGAUGGAUGAAGGUGCACACCUCCAUAUAUAUGAUCCAAAAGUACCAAGGGAACAAAUAGUUGUGGAUCUUUCUCAUCCAGGAGUUUCAGAGGACGACCAAGUGUCCCGACUUGUGACCAUUUCUAAGGAUCCGUAUGAAGCAUGUGAUGGUGCCCAUGCUGUUGUUAUUUGCACCGAGUGGGACAUGUUUAAGGAAUUAGAUUAUGAACGUAUUCACAAGAAAAUGCUGAAGCCAGCCUUUAUCUUUGAUGGACGACGUGUCCUAGAUGGGCUCCACAAUGAACUACAGACCAUUGGUUUCCAGAUUGAAACAAUUGGCAAAAAGGUGUCUUCAAAGAGAAUUCCAUAUGCUCCUUCUGGUGAGAUUCCCAAGUUCAGUCUGCAGGAUCCACCUAACAAGAAACCCAAAGUGUAGACAGUGCCAUUUUUAUUUGCAAUUUUUUUGGUACUUCAGGAUAGCAAAUACCUAUCUGAUAUUUAAUGGUAAAUGAAUCAAGUGUUUUUUUAAGGAAACAAAACUAUUUUUUAAUAAUCAAUUUAUACUAGCUAUAUGGGAAUCAGCAUAUCUGGUAAUUAUGAAUUUUUUUUACAUAUUUUUAUAAUAUAAUGUUACCUCAGUGAUUGGAUGAGUGGCAAAUAAUCAUGUUGGUUUUAAUGGUGUCGAUUUUUGUAAAACAAAAUGAAACUUCAAACACUUUUUACUUACAAAAUAUCCACAGGCAGCACUUUAAUAUCGCAUUGUAAAGGGAAAGGCACUCUUCAGUUUUUCUGAUCAUCAGUUUGUUUACUUGUCAUUAAAUAUGUAUUUUAAACCAUACAAUUGCUAUGCUAAAUACUGGGCCAACACUGUUAACCUUUCAGAAAGUGUCACUUAGAGGUUUCUGGCAUAAUUGGGUAAGGUGUUUUCCAAGCUAUUUUUUGAAUGCAGUGGACAGAAUGGGGCCAUUGGUGCUUUACCUUUUUUUUUUUUAAUGCUUUUAAUAUUUUUUCUAUGCUUCCAUGUUAGAAGUAACCCUUUUGUUUUAAUGAGCUGUGUUGUCAUUUUUUUAGCCCAAAAAGGUCAUCACUACUAUUUCCAAUCAAUCCAAAUAAAAGGCAAUUUCUUUUUUAACAUGAAAAGAAAUAUCAGUAGUGGUCUAUUUCAUUCCUCUUCACUUUUUUUCCUCACUGAUCGUUAUUAUUUUAGUCCAAGAGCCAAAAAUACCUUGACUUUGCACUUUUAUUUCCAUUAUUCAUUGCAAUUUCCUUUUUUUAUAUAAGAAAACCAAUAUAAUCUUAGAUAUAAACUUAAAAGACGGUUUUGUGAAUUACAGAUAGCAUAAUUCUAAGAGUUUCUGUAUGUAUUUCCAUCUGCUUUUUUCUUAUGUCUCUUGUUGACUUAUAUUUGAUUGUUUUCUGUUGUAUUGAAAUAUGUCAGAUGUCCAUUUGAUGCUUAUGCUCUGCUGAAAAUGUACAAACUGAGUUAAGCAGAUACAGUCCUCAUCCUUUAGGCAUUAAUGCAGUUCAAUAAGAACACAGAAACAAAUAAAGGACAAAGACAUCUGUACAGAUAUCAAAUACAUAAAUAAAUAUUCUGCAUCAACAACUG